UCCGUUCGUAUAGGCCUCCUGCUGAUACCAUGGCUAUCGUCCCAACCUUUACCGCUCCCCCACUUCCCCCUUCCCCGCUCGACCAGCUAUCGGAAAAGUCAAAGCUUUGCAUCCACCGCCUACGAUCAUGCGACGUCGAAACACCCGACCUGUCCAGUUUGCCGGUGUCAAAGCUCGCUGCUGUCCUGGUUUUGCUAUACGAGAAGUCCGGGGAACUCAGAGUUCUCCUAACAACUCGCUCUAAACUUCUGCGUUCACACCCCGGUCAAACAGCACUGCCAGGGGGAAAGGUCGAUGUUUCAGACCGCAGUCUUAUUCACGCCGCCCUUAGAGAGGCUCACGAGGAGGUGGCUCUCCCCCUUUCCUCUCCUCAUGUGCACACCCUAUGUCUCCUGAGACCCUUUCUAUCUGCGUCCCAGCUCCUCGUCACCCCUGUUGUCGCUCUCUUGACAGACAUCAGCAUUCUUGACCUCCUCGAGCCCUCGCCUGCUGAAGUGGACCGCAUAUUCGAUCACCCAUUGGAAGCCAUUUUGGAUCCAUCCCUCGCAAAAUAUGAACCACUAGUACCCAAGCAAAGUGAACAUUGGCCAUACGAGACAGAAUACUAUCAUCCUUCCGAUGUACCACUGCCCGCCUUUGAUAAUAGGGUCUAUCGGAUGCACCGUUUCCGAAGUUGUGCCUCACCUGUAAAGGGUUUAACAGCAGAGAUUCUGAUUUUCAUAGCUGAAAUCGCAUAUGGAAGGGCGCCUACAUACGAACUAUAUUCCUCUGGGCAAUCCAGUACCGCUGUAACUGAGCUCGUUCACAUCCGUAUGCGACAAUACCAAGCGGAUUUUACGUUACAGCAAUCGAAGGCACAACAAGCUUCGGUGACACCCGUUGUACACGCCCCUGUAUAACCGACCGAAUCUCCUUUUCACCGGGUUCCGUGGUGGGCCACCAUCUACAUUCGAUAUAGAUUUCGAGUCGCAUAGAACACCUAGUGGGAUAGAUAUACUACUUUUAAGAUCGUAUAAUUGACAUGUAAAUACAGCACGUGUGCACCAAUUUACAUAUUUAGCUAUGU